AGCAAGCCGAACUCAGCCAAUAGACAGCUAAUUGUCAAAUGUGUCAAAGAAAAAGAAAACAAACAAAACAACUUCAAUAAUAAUUAAUAAAUAUUAUAUUUUUCCCCAGAUCAUCUGUGGUUUAUAAACAAGACAAGAUAGAAAAUUAUAGAACUUAUUGAACUUAAAUUCAUUUUACAAACAUAAGUGAUUAUGGCAGAUUAUUGGAAAUCCCAAGACCGCAAGUAUUGCGAUUUUUGCAAAUGCUGGAUAGCGGACAACAAGCCCAGUAGAGAUUUUCACGAAAAUGGGAAAAAGCACAAAGAUAAUGUUAAAAAACGCCUCAAAAACAUUACAAAAGACAGUGCCAAAGCGUUCAGGGAAACUCUUAAAGUGGACGCUGCCAUCAAAGCUAUGGAAAAUGCUGGAAUGGAAGCUUACCGAAGAGAUGUUGAACGUAAUGCCACAGCUGACCUAACUUCGAUUGCUAUCAAUAAAAAAUUGAAAGAAGAUAACCUAGCUAUUGCUAGUGGAAGUAGCGAAAAGGUAUGGCAUGAAGCAGUCACUAAAGAUGGUAAAAGCUAUUAUUGGAAUACUGACACUAACGCGACAGUUUGGACUGCACCUCCAGAAGGAUAUUUAUCAUUGAAAGAACAAAAAGAAAACCAAAACAAACACUUAGCUAAGAAAUACAGGGAAGUUGAAAUCUAUAACAGAACCGAAGCCUUAGUUCAAGCCCAGGAACAGCACCAAGCAAAAGAAGAAGAACGUUCCAGAUUAGAACGUGAAAAACUAAAAGCCAGAAGGGUAAAAGAUGAUACACCACCACCUGUAUAUGCCCCUUUGAUAGAACCAGGCAAAACCGAUCCAUAUGGCAAAUGGCAUACAGUGCAAGUGGCUGCUACAGAAGUUGAUUUGCAAUUACCCCAGCAAGAUUUCUAUUAUCCAGAAUGCCCUGUGGUUGUAGAACCUGAGCCACAAGUUAGAGAAUUUAAAGAAAAAAUUGUUGAACGUUUGGAUUUGGACGAUGAAAGUAGUUCAAAAGGAGAGAGUAGCUUUAAAAAACGGAAAAUAUUGGGUGGAGCUAAGAGAAAUACUAGGCAGAGGUUAGAUGAUGAUUAAUUUGUUUUUCAAUUAUCUAACUAAUACAAAUACAUCUUCUAAUGAGUACGUUAUGGAAGAUAAUCCAAUGUCAAAAGAGAUAUAAUUUGUUAUAAGUACUGUAAAAGGAACAUAAGCAUUAAUAAAUGAUUUUAAGGAAACUUGUUUUUCUUUCUAUUCGAAAUCAAAUAAAAAAAUACUUUAUUACUUCUAAAUUCUCCAAAGUAGGUACAAUAAAAUUAUAAACAAAAAUGUACUAAAGCUAGUCUAAUACGUAUAAAAAACAUUAAAACAAAAAGAAUACUUAAAAUGUAAAAUCAUUAAAACUAUAAAGGAUAAAAGAAUAAAUACAAAAAUACACCACACACAAAAAAAAAAACAUAUUAUAGAGAUUAGAACUUCGAUUAGAAAAGCCGCAAAUAAAGUUGUUUGUAGAAAAUACUUCUAGGGUAUAAUAUGUCUUAGAGUCAAUAGAGUACCCUUAAGUAGCUGUCUAAAGCAUUUAACACUAGUGGCAGACUAAAUGUGAAUUGGAAGAUGGUUAAAAAAAUUCUGCCAUUAUGAAUAAGUGACUUUUCGAUCAGUUCUUUUGUUAGAAUCAGCAGAGGCAGGUCAGUUUAUUCGUUUAAUCCCGAGUGCCAUAAGGAUUAGUUUCACCCUGAAUAUGGAUGCUCAGUAUGUUUUUAUAGAUCAUUGUGGCUGUCUCAAGGAUAAAGAGCAUAAUGUCAGGAUCUUCUGCAACCGGAAAUGGGGUCUACAUAAGUUUCUUUGGCCGAUUUUUCACAAUAUGUUUAGAAGAUAUUGACUACUUGCACUGCACCCCAGAAGGGAAUCUUAUACCUAAGAGGAGACUCAAACAGUGCAUAGUAGACCAUUCGAGCCACAGCCACACCAAUGCUCUCUGUGUGCAAUUCUAAUCUCAAAGCAUCCCGAUGACCGUUUCCUGCUAAGCUUAAGUAUAUGGUCCUCAAAACGUCACCCACCAUUGACAAAUAAAACCAAAAAUCUUGCACAGGGCUGGUCCUCGAAACGAUUUUCACCCAGAUGUAGAUAAACCUGUUAUAUCACAGCACAUCACAGCCAAAACCAACAACAUUAGAGGCGGUCAGAAUUACACCACUGUUUGAUUGUGAUAAGGUCUGAUGCAAUGUCGCGCCUGAGUUGUUCCACGUUCUUAUUAUGUCAUACAUGCAUAUAACAGAUGUUUCGUCGGCAAAAAUGAUGAAUGAACACCGCACCUA